CCCAGUCCCAUAGCUUCCUCUUUCUUGUAUGAGAAGUGGCUGCUGGGCAGGGUUUUGCUAGCAGCUCCUGAAACCAUGGGGCUGGGCUGUAGGUAUUUUGUGAGCUUAGUGCUGCUCUGGUCCCUGGGGACAGCCCUUGGGCAGGGGGACUUCCUUGGGAUCAGUUUCUCUGUCUUGCAGCGUGGGUAUGAGUAUGACUGUGGAGACUAUGGGAUGCAGCUGUUGGUCUUUCCCAGCCCAGGCCGCACUGUCCGCUUCAAAGUUGUGGAUGAGUUUGGGACAGCCUUUGAGGUUACUAACUGCUCCAUCUGCCUCCACUGGGUCACAUCUCCCCAGGAAGGGGCGGUGAUCUUCUCAGCAGGCUACAAUGGCUGUCAUGUGCUGAAGAAGGAUGGCCGUAAUCACCUGCGGGUCCGUGUAGAAGAACUGCUGAGCACCAGGGCUGUUGCUGCCACCCGUGAUGUGAACAUGACCUGCCCCAAGCCCACUGAACAUGACUUAACUCCAGAGGAGACCAUGCGCUACGUGCCUCAGCCGCAGCCGGGCCUGGUGCGCCCGGUGCCUCAGCCGCAGCCGGGCCUGGUGCGCCCGGUGCCUCAGCCGCAGCCGGGCCUGGUGCGCCUGGUGCCUCAGCCGCAGCCGGGCCUGGUGCGCCCGGUGCCUCAGCCGCAGCCGGGCCUGGUGCCGUACAUCUAUCCUCCACUAAGUAAUAUAGGUGCCCGCCUGACACCAGAGCAGUGCCAAGUGGUGGCUGGGAAGAUCCCCUGUGCAAAUGCCCUUGACCAAGCUGCCUGCUUCCAGGCUGGCUGCUGCUAUGAUGGGACUGACCCAACUACUCCUUGCUACUAUGGAAACACAGUCACUCUUCAGUGCCUCAUGGAUGGUCACUUUAUUCUGGUGGUCUCCAGGGACAUGUCUGACCACCCCAUCAUCCUGGACAAUGUACGGCUAGCCUAUGCCCAGGCAGGGUGCAAUCCCAUCAGCAUGACAGAAGCUUUUGUGCUCUUCCGCUUCCCCGUCACACAAUGUGGCACCACAGUACAGGUGAUUGGGGACAAACUGAUCUAUGAGAAUCAGCUGAUCUCUGGCAUUGACAUACAGACUGGGCCACAGGGCUCCAUCACUCGGGACAGCACCUUCAUCCUCCAUGCUCGUUGCAUCUACAAUGCUAGUGACUUCCUGCCAGUCCAGGUCAAGGUCUUCUUGCCCCCUAUACCUGCACCAGUCACCCAGGCAGGACCCCUCCGGUUUGAGCUGCGCAUCGCCACAGACCUGAGCUACACAUCCUAUCUCACAGAGAGAGACUAUCCUGUGGUGAAGGUGCUCAGGGACCCAGUCUAUGUGGAGGUUCGCAUCCUGCAGAGAACAGACCCAUCCCUGGUUCUGGUUCUGCACCAGUGCUGGGCCACCCCAAGUGCUAACCCCCUGCAGCAGCCACAGUGGCCCAUCCUGGUGGACGGGUGCCCAUUCCUAGGAGACAACUACAGAACCCAGCUUGUGCCCAUGGGCCCUGCCUCAUCUGAGCUGCCCUUCCCAACCCAUUACCAGCGCUUUGUCCUCUCCACCUUUGCCUUUGUGGACUCUACUUCCCAGAUGGUGCUCGAGGGACUGGUGUACAUCUUCUGUAGUGCUGCUGCCUGUUCACCAUCCCAGCUGGAGUCCUGCAAGACCAUAUGCCCAUCAGGGGUAACUGCAAGAGGCCGUCGGUUCCUGACUAUCCAAAAUGAGACAGAGCCUGUCAAUGUGGUGAGCUCUCGUGGGCCUGUGACUUUCCAGAACAGCCCAGAGGCAUUCAAAGAGCCAGUCUACCAGUCCCACCCCUCCGCUCACCUUACAAAGCCCCAGUCCCACAGAUUCCCUAACUAUGAGAAGUGGCUGUGGGGCAGGGCUUCUUCCUUAACACCUUCAACCAUGGGGCUGGGCUGUAGGUAUUUUGUGGGCUUAGUACUCCUCUGGUCCCUGGGGACAGCCCUUGGGCAGGGGGACUUCCGCAGGGUCAGUUUUUCUGUCUUGCAGCGUGGAUAUGAGUAUGAUUGCGGAGACUAUGGGAUGCAACUGCUGGUCCUUCCCAGCCAGGACCGCACUGUCCGCUUCAAAGUUGUGGAUGAGUUUGGGACUCCCUUUGAAGUUACAAACUGCUCCAUCUGCCUUCACUGGAUCGCAUCUGGCGAGAAAGGGGAGGUGAUCUUCUCAGCUGGCUACAAUGGCUGCCAUGUGCUCAAGCAGGAUGGCCGUAACCACCUGAGGGUCCGAGUGGAGGAACUACUGAGCACCGGGGCCAUCGCUGCCACCCGUGACGUGACCAUGACCUGCCCCAAGCCCACUGAACAUGACUUAUCCCCAGAGGAGACCAUGCGCUACGUGCCCCAGCCGCAGCCGGGCCUGGUGCGCCCGGUGCCCCAGCCGCAGCCGCAGCCGGGCCUGGUGCGCCCGGUGCCCCAGCCGCAGCCGCAGCCGGGCCUGGUGCGCCCGGUGCCCCAGCCGCAGCCGGGCCUGGUGCGCCCGGUGCCCCACAUCUAUCCUCCACCAAGCAGCAUAGGUGCCCAUCUCACACAGGAGCAGUGCCAUGUGGUGGCUGGGAAGAUCCCCUGUGCAGAUGCCCCAGGCCGAGCUGCUUGCUUCCAGGCUGGUUGUUGUUAUGAUGAGACUGACCCAACUACCCUCUGCUACUAUGGCAACACAGUCACUGUUCAGUGCCUCGUGGAUGGUCACUUCGUUCUGGUGGUCUCCAGGGACAUGUCUGAUCACCCCAUCAUCCUGGACAGUGUCCGGCUAGCUUAUGCCCAAACAGGGUGUGACCCCAUCAGGAAGACAGAGGCUUUUGUGAUCUUCCGCUUCCCCCUCCUGCAGUGCGGCACCACAAUCCAGGUGAUCCAUGACAAACUGAUCUAUGAGAACCAGCUGAUCUCUGGCAUCGACAUCCAGACUGGGCCAGAUGGCUCCAUCACCCGGGACAGCACCUUCAUCCUCCAUGCUCGCUGCAUCUACAAUGCCAGUGACUUCCUGCCAGUCCAGGUGGAAGUCUUCUUGCCCCCCACACCUGCUCCAGUCACCCAGGCAGGACCCCUCCGGCUUGAGCUGCGCAUCGCCACAGAUGUGAGCUACACAUCCUAUCUCACGGAGAGAGACUACCCUGUGGUGAAGGUGCUCAGGGACCCUGUCUUCGUGGAGGUUCGCAUCCUGCAGAGAACAGACCCAUCCCUGGUUCUGGUUCUGCACCAAUGUUGGGCCACCCCAAGUGCUAGCCCCCUGCAACAGCCACAGUGGCCCAUCCUGGUGGACGGGUGCCCAUUCCUGGGAGACAACUACAGAACCCAGCUUGUGCCCAUGGUCCCUGCCUCAUCUGAGCUGCCCUUCCCAACCCAUCACCAGCGCUUUGUCCUCUCCACCUUUGCCUUUGUGGACUCUGCCUCCCAGGUGGUGCUUGAUGGACAGGUGUACAUUUACUGUAGCGCCUCCACUUGCUACCCCUCCCAGCUGGAGCCCUGCAGGACCAUGUGCCCAUCAGGUGCUGCUACAAGAGGCCGCCGGUUCCUGAAUAUCAACAAUGGGACAGGAGAGCCCCAGGACCUGGUGCGUUCUCAUGGCCCCAUGAUCUUUCAGGAGAGCCCUGAGCCAUGGAGAGAACAAGUCUAUGAGAACAUGGGAGAAGCAGCUGGAUGA